AGGGCGACGGUGUACAGCAUCUGACAACAAGUUCGUCUACAGAGAAUUACCAUACCAUUAUUUAAUGGUAUAAAAAUGAGUGAAAAUGAUGUUGUUUCCGAUGUCGAAGAAGCGGAUGUGUCAGAAGGUCAAGAACCAGGGGCUAGUGGUACUCCGAUGCUAGCACCGUCAGAAGAUGUACUUGAGAGCCUGGAAUACUAUACAGAUACUGCAGAACGACAGAGGUUGCCAAGUGGUCCAAUUCAUGAAAUAAUUGAAUAUAGUCUUCCAGAACUUGAAGAGGAGAUCCAGGAAGAGAAAGCAGAAGGAGAUGCAGCAGAAAUUAAAGAUGGAGAACAAAAGACUGAAGAGGGAAGUCUUCAAGGUGCAAUAGAUGACCCAUUCCAACCAUCUACCAGUGAUUCAACAGCAACAGCUGAUGACACUGUCAAAGAAGAAGAUGGAGAGAAUGCAGUAUCUAAGGAGGAGUCGAAGGAGAGAGAGCGAACAGCUUCCGUAUUAUCUGAAUGUGACGCAGAAGACGAAUUAAACAACAAAGAAUGGCAACAACAGAAAAAACACGUCUUUGUUUUAAGUGAAGCUGGCAAACCUAUAUAUACUAGGCAUGGAAGUGAGGAUAAACAAGUGACGUUAAUGGGAGUAAUGCAAGCCCUGGUGUCUUUUAUUAGUGUUUCAAAGAAUACAUUAAGGUUAAUAGUUGCAGGAGACCAUAAGUUUGUGUUUAUGGUUCGAUCACCAUUACUACUAGUUGCAGUAGCAAAUUCUAAAGAGUCUCACCAGCAGGUGUAUACUCAAUUAACAUAUGUGUACAACCAAAUUCUCAGCGUACUCACAUUAACCACUCUACAGAAGGUGUUCCAUCAGAGACACAAUUAUGACCUUCGCCGAUUAUUAACAGGAACUGAGAAAUUUCUUGAUAAUCUUUGCCAUUUAAUGGAAACUGAUCCUUGUUUUUUGUUGAGUGGGGUGCGAUGCCUUCCACUGGAAUCACAAGUACGUGAUCAAGUUAGUUCCAGUCUACAAUCAGCCAAGCUUAAAGAUUUAGUAUUUGCAAUAUUAUUAGCGGAUGAUCAACUUGUAGCACUUGUAAGAAUGAAAAAAUAUGUUUUACAUCCAGGUGAUUUACAUUUGGUAGUUAAUUUAGUGAAUGCUUCCUCGUCUUUCCGUAAUGGUGAAUCAUGGACACCUAUUUGCCUGCCUAGGUUUGACAGUAGUGGAUUUUUACAUGCAUAUGUUUCCUACUUAGAAGAUACGCCAGCUUGUUUACUACUCUUAACUGUUGAUAAAGAUGUCUUUUUUGACUUGUCAGAUUGCAAGAAUAAAAUUGUUGAAAAAAUGAAAAAGCAUAAUUGUCUGGAUGCAAUAACAUCAUCUGUAAGGAAAGGUAGCUACAGAUGUCAGCAAGUUGGUAUACCAGACCUCUGUCACUUCAUCUACAAGUCAAGAAGCACGUCGCAGUUUACUAGUCCACAACUCGAUGCCCCGUACAAGAGCCCCGCAGAGCAGGAGAGGUUGUUUGGUUUAUAUCAGUACUUGCACCAAAGGAUGCACAGCAAAGCUAGGCCAUUGAAGAUAAUGUUCCAUGUCAGUCAACACGAGGCACUACUUGGAUGGGUGACGUCUGGUUUUGAGCUGUAUGCCACAUUUGGAGCCUUGACAACCAAACCUGCAGCAAUCAUUGCUAUCAAUAAACUCCUCAAAUGGAUUAAGAGGGAAGAAGAACGUCUAUUUAUCCUAAAUGCUCAAACCUUUUGAUUGGCUACUGGAGAUUGCAACACGUUACGGUUUGAACUCCUAGUCUGCUCUCAUUAGUGCAAAAGAUGCUACGUCCAAG